GCUGUGUGCACCACGCUGUGCCACUAGUAAUCCGCGUUAUUGUCAAUAGAGUGUAAUCCGGGGUCGCCGUAGGUGUGCGCAUAGCCCGCUCCGUAGUUUGUUAGCUCGCUCUUUGUUUAGCGGGUGUUACAAUUUUAAUGCAACAGUCAUUUUCAGCAUCGCGUACAGCCUUUUGCUACCUGAAGAGUUUGUUGUUUAGCUAAGUAGUGGCUAACGUGACAGCGCAGGGACAUAGCUGAUGUAGCAAGCUAGCGUACCGUAGCUAACACGUAUGCUAGCUGUACUGGCCGACGAACACGUCCGUCCGUCGAGAGACAAGCUGCUCCUGUCAAACUGCGUCCACUUUGCAUUAGCGACAAACAUCCAGGAGUGCCGCAAUGAAUGUCGCCAAAAGUGGCUACCGUGUCUUCUCUGCAAACUCUUCCGUAGCCUCCACGGAAUUAGCCAAGAAGAUAACAGAGCGACUGGGAGUUGAAUUGGGGAAGUCUGUAGUCUAUCAGGAAUCCAACAGAGAGACUAGAGUGGAUGUAAAAGAGUCUGUUCGAGGCCAAACUAUCUUCAUCAUCCAGACUAUACCACGAGAUGUCAACACAGCCAUCAUGGAGCUGCUGGUUAUGGCCUAUGCCCUCAAGACGUCAUGUGCAAAGAACAUUAUCGGAGUCAUCCCUUACUUCCCCUACAGCAAGCAGUGCAAGAUGAGAAAGAGAGGCUCCAUUGUGUGCAAGUUGUUAGCUUCAAUGUUAGCUAAAGCAGGGUUAACACACAUCAUCACCAUGGACCUGCAUCAGAAGGAGAUCCAGGGCUUCUUCAGUUUUCCAGUGGACAACUUGCGUGCCUCACCUUUCCUGCUUCAGUACAUCCAAGAAGAGAUCCCUGACUACAGAAAUGCCAUCAUUGUAGCAAAGUCUCCUUCAGCCGCCAAAAGAGCUCAGUCCUAUGCUGAGCGGUUGCGUCUGGGUCUGGCUGUGAUGCACGGAGAGGCCCAGUGUUCAGAGUCCGACAUGGCUGAUGGACGACAGUCCCCACCCUGUGUACGCAACGCCACGGGACACACGGGACUGGAGCUUCCUUCAGGCAAACAACAAGCUCCGUUCCCUGGCAUAGAGCUCCCAAUAAUGAUGGCCAAAGAGAAACCUCCCAUCACUGUAGUAGGAGACGUGGGAGGAAGGAUUGCCAUCAUUGUGGAUGACAUCAUAGACGAUGUGGAGGACUUUGUCGCAGCUGCAGAGAUCCUGAAAGAGAGGGGAGCCUAUAAGAUUUACAUCAUGGCAACACAUGGCUUACUGUCUGCUGACGCCCCACGCCUCAUCGAGGAGUCUGCCAUUGACGAGGUGGUGGUGACAAACACAGUUCCCCACGAGGUGCAGAAACUACAGUGUCCCAAGAUCAAGACAGUGGACGUCAGCAUGAUACUGGCUGAGGCCAUCCGCCGCAUCCACAAUGGAGAGUCCAUGGCCUACUUGUUCCGCAACAUCACCGUGGAUGACUAAAGACAUGGAGGCCUGAGUCGGAUCUGGUGCUGAGAGCUUUGAGGGCAGGUGUAUUUUUCUCUGUUUUCAUCCUCCUUUCUGUCCAGAGCUGUAAAUACAUGCUACAUAUAUAAAUAUACAUGCUCAACUAAAGGAGAGAAUCAAGCCCUCAGUUAAAGAAAUUUGUUCAACUUGGUACAAAAAACUGUAAAGUCUGACUUUUUCAAUGCCAGAAAUACAUCUUGGCAUUGGUUUUCAAUGAAGAAUAUGAAAUUGGAGAACAUGACAUGUCCCACUCAUAGAUUUGAUGCCUUUUCAUCAUCCUUUGAUUAUAUUUGAUGCAUUUACUCAGCAUCUUUUUCCAACUUGAACAAAAUAUGCUGUACAUGAAAAUGCAAAUUUGUUUUGGCAUCUAAUGAGGAAGCUCAUUGUUAAUGACUGAUCCUUGAGUUUUAAAGGAGAAGCACUUAAUGCUUUACCUCCAACUUUCACCCAAACUCUCGCUGGCCCUCAGGACCAGGACUGCUUAGCACUGUGACUACUUUGCAUUUAGAUGGAAUUUGUUGUUUACCAACCACAGUACUUGGACAAGACUGGGUGAGCUCCUGAUUAUUGGCACCCAAACUGUUUUAAUGUUUAUGCACCAGUUUUUGUGUGAUUUGCACCCUUUGCCACAAUGGGCUUAUUUGUGAGUGCAUGAAGAUGGUCUGGGGCAAUAUCAUGUGUUAACAAGCAUGUCUGUGUGGUACAAUCUCCAUCUGAGAAACUGAUACAGGCUGUUUCAUGUUAAUAUGUUGGAUCCCUGUGGCCCUUGACUGAAAAUAUUAAUUAUAAUACUGUGCUUAUUUUAACUGGCUGAGGUCAACUGUUACCUGGCAGGUUAUCUGAACGUGAAUGCACACCGAAUAUGAUUUGCAUAUAUAGCUUGAUGUUAUACUACAAGUUAUUGUGGUAUCUGCCUUUGAGGAUAUGUUAUCAUUAGGACUUGGACAACUUUUUUUGUACCCUGUGAGUGAAAUUCAAAGUGAUGCUCAAGGGAAAUUAGUGUACUUCUAUGCUGGUUGAGCCUUAUGCUCAGGGAAUUAUGCUUUAUAAGCCAAUGCACAAUUAUUUGUUUUUGCAAAUGCUGAUGUGUGCCUAGUUCACUGGUACAAAUCUCUGUUUAGUGUCUUGCAUUCCACACAGCACUGCUGUACGCCUUUGCUUUUCACCAUUUGUUUUUUCUUUGUUUGGUUCUUUUUUUGUUUUUUUUUUUCGUAGAUUUUGGAUUUUUCAUGAUAUACAUUACUCACUGAUGGAUAUUUAUCGGCUAGAAUUAGACGCCGGUGUUCUAUUGGCACAAAGGAAGGUAUUGUCUGUAUCAAUGCUAUGCCAACUUGAAUCCAUGUCUCCUAUUAGCAUAGUGAUUUCAUGAUGUCUCCUCUGUAUUCACUCUUCUCCUGACGUGUCUGUGAUGGUAGGGGGUUUAUUAUUUGAAUGUUGACAUGGACUCUGAAGCACUUGUUUAUGUGAAUAAAAAUAAAAUGUUUGGCUUUA